GCUGCACGGCGGGGGUGGGUGGAACAGCCGAGUAUUUAGCAGUUGACAGGAGCCUGAAAACACAACGUGGGUUUUGUACGGGGAAGGGCUUCUUCAAGCACAGGCCAGUUUUGUACCUCAGUCAUGCCUUCACAACAACCGAGAUGGCUCUCUCCCGCGACAUGAUCGUCCUGUCGCUUGCUGUGGUUCUUCUCUCGGUCCUGACUGCGGCACAAGACACGUACCGAUGCUGCUAUCAGGCGCGGGAGUACCCAUCAUGCCGUGCUGCCUGCGAACAGAUGGCAGCAGAAAUCGACCAUGACACCAGAAUACAGCAUGUCAUGACAUUACCCAGAUAUUGUCGUAGUGAACUGGUUGGGUUCUGGCAGUGUGUCAAUACCUCUGUGCUUGGAGAGCCUGAGUCAGGUGGGGAGUGGGUAGGCCAUGCCUGCUGUGACCUGACUGUGUCAGACCUGUGCAAAACUGCCUGCUUAGAGGCGAGUACUAGCAGUGACAUCAGUGCAAUAUCCUGUCGUAGAGAUCUGGAGCCUGCUCUACAUAGCUGUAUUGAAAGAAAUGAAAGACGUCAUACCUGGAUGGGUGAGCGGUGUUGUGGGACCAGUGUGAGUACGGAGUGUGAGGAGGCGUGCAGUACGGUGUUCCAGACGGACUCCACACCCACCAGACAACAGAGGCAGGCCAUACAGGACCACUGCAUGUUGGACAAUCAGCAAGUCAUCCAGUGUGUGGACAAUUACACCAACUCACGACCAGCCAACAAUCCGGCAGAGAGUGUGAAGGGCAUUGGUUUACAUUGUUGUGACCAGUCGAAUGACGAACAGUGUCAGGACAGGUGCAGGCGUGUGCUGGUCACCUUGACCAGUGAGCAGGAGAUAGUGGACGGACUGAUCGAGGGGUGUGGGGACCCCCUCCCACAGGACCCCCUCUGGCAGUGCUUCCUCUCGGCGUCAGCUAAUAAUGGCCAUGACACAGAGGAGGUGAUCCCAGUGACAGGACUAGAUGGUGCCAAGCUACAGUGUUGUUCCAAAGCAGCCACAUCUAGAUGUAGAGACCUCUGUGUGAAGCUGUACAGCACAACUUGGGCCACCUCCUCCAGCUGGAACCAGUUCUAUGCUGACUGCCAGUACCACCCUUCUGAGGAGGUUCUCAUGCAGUGUAUAGCAGAUGUUCAAGAGCCAUGCCAGCUUGGUUGUUCAGAACUGAACUAUUGCACCAACUUCAACAACAGACCAACAGAGUUGUUCCGAAGUUGUGCGUCGCGUUCUGACGAGGAUGCGGAACAGUACAUGUCAGACUGGCAGGGGGGCAUCAUCAACAUGCCCGUGAUGAGCAUCCCCGUGAGAGAUGUGCAGGAGUGUGAGCCUGACAUGUGGAAGGCCAUCGCCUGUACCCUACAGAUCAAACCCUGUCACAGUCAGUCUCAUGGAAACAGGAUCUGCAAGGCGGACUGUGUGAACAUCCUGACCAGGUGUGGUGACCAGGCCCGCUUCCCCAUGGGUACCACAGUGGACAGUCUGUGUAACGCCCUGUCUCCCCAGGACGAAGAUGACCACUGCAUCACCCUCGCACCAUACCUAGUUCCAAGUCAGCACAUGAGUCGGCUGGACGAGGUGACGAACCCAUGUAACCCCAGCCCCUGUAUGGAGUCUGUGUGUCACGUCAACAGGGCCAGGGAGAACUGUACUGGGUCCUCCUGUCCACAACACAUCUGUAAACAAGGUUGUCCAAUGGGAGAGGCGUCAGACUAUGUGGUAGCGUCAGGUGCGGUGGUGAGGGUACCUGUGGCCAGCGGAGACCCAGGCUGUUACCGGGUGUGUCGAUGUGGGGGGACAGAUAAGGUAAGAGACUGUACCACCCUGUCAUGUAUCCCCAUGGACACAUGCCUAGUGGGGGGACAGAUUAAAGACCAUGGCACCAGUUUUGAGCUGGACUGUAACAUCUGUGCAUGUUUUGCCGGAGAGCUGACCUGUACUAAGAGACCCUGUCUGUCUCUGGGUAGUACAGAGGAGGAGAGGAGGAGAUACACAGGCCUCCCCUGUAACUGUGCUGACCAGUUUGUACCAGUCUGUGCCCACAAUGGCAGAACCUACCCGAGCGCCUGUUUGGCAAGAUGUGCUGGGCUUUUGGAUCACCAGUUUGAGUUUGGAACCUGCUCCUCUCUUCACCCAUGUCAGCCUGAUCCCUGUCCAGCAAGCAAGAGGUGUAUCCCCAGACCUAAGGUCUGCCUAAAUGGACUGGACCAACAGCACUGUCAGCAGUACCAAUGUGUUCCCCGUAGUUGUGAGGGGGAAGAGGACGACCCUGUGUGUGAUGUUGAUGGUGUCCAACAUCCCAACUACUGUCAGCUCCUAGCAGCUGGGAAACUACUAGGCUAUCAUGCUCCCUGCCAUGAGAAAGCCUGUAAAGUCAGCCCUGUGUGCGGACACAACGGGGAAACCUACGAGAGUAACUGUGCGGCCCACGCAGCUCGAGUCUCUAUAGAUUACGAAGGGCCCUGCCUGGCAGUAGGUCUAAGGCCAGGACAAGGCAAGUACCCAGAGUGUUCCACAGUCAGCUGUCCAGACUCCAGCCUGUGUGAGGGGAUCAUUCCACCGGGGGCAUGUUGUCCAGUCUGUGGUGGAGUGUUGGCCAUGCUGUACAGUGGUUGGUAUGUAGACCUGGUGUCCCGUCAGGCCAGUAUUGGACCAAUCACUGUGACACAAGUCAUCCAGCAGCUCAGAAACCACGUGUCCGUGCCUCAGUGUGAUGUGUUUGGGUACCUGAGUAUCGAGGGAGACAUCAUCGCCAUAGUGAUGCCGGUCACACCCAACACCACACCCCUACAGGUGGAGGCCUGUAACCAGGAAGCGCAGAAAGUGGCGGCCCUGAUCAACGCGGGCAGCCCCGUUAUCGUUUCCCACGUGCCUCUCUCCUUCCUUACCUCCGCCUCCCUCCACCUCGCUGCUGUCACCAUGGUCAGCACCGCGACAGCAGCUGUCCCCUCACUGCCAGCACUACUGCUCUGUACAGCGACAGCUCUACACAGACUGUUCCUCCACAUGUCAUGACAGAUCACGUAAACCUCCUGGGUAAAAGAGUCCAGGAGUAGAUACUAUGUCAGGGCUCUAGCCAGUGUCCAUUUUUCUGUCAAUUGACGGAAAUUUGCUGACAGAAAAAUUUUUAAACUGAUCCGUCAAUCUUGAC